UUACGAAAUGCACGGUACAGUUAUGAGGAACAAACCUGGUUUAUCAUUGCGAUAAGCUGAUAAGAAACAGCAUCAAAACGCAUUACAUAUACUUUCCACGAAUAUUUUCACCGUGAAAAUUAUUGAUUUCAAUAGAUAAAAAUACAAUAAUGUGAAGAUAAAUGUAGAGUGUUUAAUUCUGCUCGUUGCUAUCGUUGCACCGUCAGUAGCGAGUAGCGCGGUUCAGGCGUCAUACAAUCAUUCGGUAUUCCUUGAGGUGGAACGAUCGUGCUUUUGUUUCAAGAGUUUUAAACAAGUUAUAAAAUCUCGGACAUGUGAACGCACGACACAAUGGCUCUAUCGUCAAAUUGUUGGAAAUAUCUUGUGCUGACAUUCAAUGUUUUAUUCGCAAUGUCAGCUGUAGUACUGUUUGGUGCAAGUGGGUUCCUCUUGUACCGAUUGUUCGUCUACCGUCAUUUUAUUGGCGUGAAUGUGGAAUAUCCGGCUGUAUUGUUGCUAAUGAUGGCAAUCAUUACAUGUUCAAUAGCAUGGAUAGGUUGGCGAACGGCGAAAUCAAUGCACCAGAUUCAUGUUAUAAUGGCUGGAAUAUUAAUAAUGCUCGUCGUGGUGAUUGAAUUCGCUUGUUUUGUCUGGGCGAUGGUCGUGUGGGACAACAUAGAGAUUGACAUCAAGACGACCAUGACGUCAUACUUUAUGGACACGAUGGAUAUUAAGGAAGCAAACACGGACACUAUCAGAUGGGACAGGCUUCACGUUAAGUUCCAAUGUUGCGGCGUGAGCGGGCCAGGGGACUACAGUUCCUUAGGGCACGUGCCAUUCUCUUGUUGCGGCCAGGGCCCUCUGGACUCCAUACAGAAGCCCUACGUAGCUGAUUGUACCACUUUGUUCCAACGCGGUUGUGGGAAUCCGCUGCACGAGUAUGCGAAACAGCAAUUGCUGUUGGUAGCUAUGGUGGCUUUGGUAGCGUCCGUUUUGCAGAGUACCGGUAUUUUCUGCACAUUUUUCCUUGCUCAUGCCAUACGGGAGAAGCGACGUGCGUCUAUUCGAAACUCCACCAUAGCCAGGGAGGCAACCUUCGCUGCUCCAGAUGACUCCCUCCUUGCCUCUCCAUCUGCGCCUGCCCCUACCUUGCCAAAAUAUUGAGACUUGUAUAUUUAAAUAGAAUAUGAACGUAGUUUGUAAGGAUUUUUAUUAGUUUUACUGUUUAAGACAAUUCGUGUUCAUAAGGAUACCUACGGAUAACAUGACUGUGUUUAAGAUUUUUUUUUAAUUUUGACACAUUAGGUACACGAGAAAGAUAAAUUAAAUGAAAGGAGAAAUCGUUGUGCAAUGCUUCUUCGAAAAGUAAUGUAUAAUAUGACAACAUACAAAAUGAUUUAUAUUAAAAUACGUGAUUCCCUACGUUUCUUUUGAAUACAACAGAUAUGUAAUCUAGGCUCAAAUGUUAUUUAUAGGUUAUUAUUUUUUGGUUAUAUAGCAAAUGUUAACAGUGUCAAGUUAAAGUAAAAAAUUAUUAUAAUGGAGUAAGAUUGCCUGCAUUGCGAAGAACAGAAAUUGUUUUAUAAAACAAAAUCAAUAUAUAAGUGGAUGAAGAAUAUCGUAGGUACCCUAAGGGAUAUGUAGGUACUAUUGUAUACAUACCUAUAUGGGAUUUGGGACGGUUCCCUGCGUUUGGAUUCCCGCUUUUGUGAUUCGGGGAAAGUUACAGAUUAAAUAAGACGUGUUGCCAGGCAGAGGGUGCGCUCCCUAUUUCAAGAUUUCAAGGACAUCUGAACCUACAGGCUGUAAUAUACAAAGUAAUAAAAUUAUUUAUAACAUACGAUUUCUUUAUUUUUCUUGGUGUAUGUAUAAAGCAAAAAUUAUAAUAAUAAUUGUGAUAAUUACACUUGAAUGAAACUAGCGAAUUAUAAAUACACCCUUUGAAUGUCAUGUUGUUUUUUUUUUUACAUUUGACUACAUUAUUAAAGUGUUUUUGAUAAAUGCGUAUUUUACUAAUUACUAUUGAUCACAAAAACAUAUAUAUAAUGAUAUAUGUUUUUGUGAGCAAUAUUAAGUAUUUUUAGUUUUAAUAUUAUUAUUUAUAUUAUAGUGAUAGGUAAUUGGUUGUGUGCUUUGGAAUGUGUUUUUUACAAUUAAAGUGGAUCUUAA